AUGUCUGCGAAAGAGGCCUACAAGAAACCUGAGAUCCACCUCCCAGAUCUUCCUCCAGAGAUAUGGCUUGCGAUUCUGCGCGAAGCCACUGCGGAAUGCCAUCCUCUUCGACUGCCUUUGUACAUGGAGUACCCCCGACCGACUACGAAGAUGAGGAAUCGGUGGAAACAGGGCAUUGUCACCAAAAGAUACGUCAUUCGCGUCUGCAAGCUCUGGUACUCGCUGGCGAUCCCCUUUCUCUACGAACACCUCGUCGUCUCCCGAAGCCAUAGCCUAAAAUCCCUUGUGGAGAGCCUGAGCCUGGAAUCGCCCUUUGGACUGACCGGUGUAACCUUUGGAGAGUAUACGUAUCGGUUGGACAUCUGCUUCGGCGAAGAACCUACGACGUUGGACUUUUACAACGUCUGUACAUUGCUCGAUAAACUCCCGAAGCUGGUGGUUCUUAGGAACAUGUCCGCGGAUAUGAGGUCUUCGGAUGAUGGUUCGAGGCCGAUCCUGAAGCACGCCUCUUCGUCGUUGGAGUGCAUGAUUUGGAGAGGCAUCGACCCGACGUGUCCUUCGAUCUGGGAGGCAUUCGUCUCUCGACAUCCGAAUUUGCGGUCAACCGUCUUUCCGACCCCUACCCAAGGGAUUUCGGGCACCGGUGCCUCCUUCCUCAGCCUCCCAGAGAAUAUCACCACGUUGGGCACCGCCGAUGUUCUGGAACUAGCAAACUUUUGCAAGCAGGGGACGCCUAUUCCCAACUUGCGGCACCUCUCGUUUCAUGACCAUAGGUGGUACGCGGGGCCGAACCACGGCCAGUCGUUCACCGAUGAAAGUCCUGCGUUAGAAGUCCUUGGAGGACGUCUCCAGUCCCUCCAUUUUUAUAGCGAACAUCAUCACAUCGAUCCUGUAGAAGAUCUGGAUGGGAUCUUAUCCCAUUGUCCCAAUCUCAAGCACCUCAUUUUAUCUAUCAAAGUGUGGGAGACAGUGGGAUGCCACGAGCGCGCCCAUGGGGUCGUGACGUUCGGCGUCCAGAUGAUAGAGAAGCAAAUGAAUGCGGCGGAGGCGAAGAUGUUCCUUCAUAAAGUCGUGGACGCCAAACGUGGCUGGCUGCCCAACCUUCGACGCGUCCAGUUUAUCGACGAGUGGAAUGUCACGCACUUGCAACAAAAGCACCGCAAGGUGUUUAACCGGGCCUUGGAGCAAUUGCGCGAGUUGGGGAUUGUGGUUCAUAGUUUUGAUGAGAGAGAGCUGGUACCGGAUAGGGAUCCGAAGGCGGGUGGUAGAAUUGUUGGGAUUUAG